AUGCCCAUAGCCCUCGGUCUCGAAGGCUCCGCCAACAAACUCGGCGUCGGGCUCAUCUACCACUCGGGCGUGCCCAACACCGCGACCUACACCUCCUACGCGUCGAAACAAGCUCAAUCGAAAUCACAGCCUGAAGUGCGCAUCCUCUCCAACAUCCGACACACGUACCAUGCACCUCCAGGCGCGGGCUUCUUGCCCAAAGACACGGCCCUCCACCACCGCAGCCACGUGACGACGCUCGUUGUCCAAGCCCUGCAGGAAGCCAACAUCAGCCCCGCCGACCUGGACUGCAUCUGCUACACGCGCGGGCCGGGGAUGGGCGCGCCGCUGCAGAGCGUGGCGCUCGCGGCCCGCACGCUCUCGCUGCUGUGGGACAAGCCGCUCGUCGGCGUGAACCACUGCAUCGGCCACAUCGAGAUGGGCCGGAGCAUCACGGGCGCGACCAACCCGGUCGUGCUGUACGUCUCGGGCGGCAACACGCAGGUGAUCGCGUACUCGAUGCAGCGGUACCGCAUCUUCGGCGAGACGCUGGACAUCGCCGUGGGCAACACGCUCGACCGGUUCGCCCGCACGCUGGCCAUCCCCAACGAUCCCGCGCCCGGCUACAACAUUGAGCAGAUGGCCAAGGCCGCGCUCGCGCCGCCCAUCCUGGUCGACCUGCCCUACGCGGUCAAGGGCAUGGACUGUUCCUUCAGUGGCAUUCUCGCGCGCGUCGACGAGUUGGCCAUCUCGUGUCUGCGCGGCAAGCUCGUCGACCCGGCCUCGGGCCGGAAAGUCACGCCGGAGGAUCUGUGCUUCAGCCUGCAGGAGACCGUCUUUGCCAUGUUGGUCGAGAUCACCGAGCGGGCCAUGGCGCACGUCGGCUCCAGCCAGGUCCUCAUCGUCGGCGGUGUCGGGUGCAACGAGCGGCUGCAGGAGAUGAUGGGCCAGAUGGCGCGGUCGAGGGGCGGCGACGUCUACGCGACCGACGAGCGGUUCUGUAUCGACAACGGCAUCAUGAUCGCUCAUGCGGGACUGUUGGAAUUCCUGGGCGGGGAUAGGGAGGGCAUCAGACUCGAAGACAGCACUUGUACGCAGAGGUUCAGGACGGAUGAUGUAUUUGUUCGAUGGAGGGACGACUGA